AAAAAAACUUUUGGCUACCUAGGGCAGGGCUUUGCGGGUCUCGCACCAAAAUUUGCUGAAACAUUCUGCCGCACCCCACCGCUCUACAGCCCACCUCCUCCGCCACCAAACCGGCGGCAUCGCGGAAAUCCAUUUUGGUGAACCUCAUUCUCAACCGCCAAUUGACUCAGUAACCCGAAGUCGCCAAAUUCAAAAUGCCCCCCAAGAAGGUCGUCCGUGCUCCCCAGGAGAACAUCUCCCUGGGCCCCUCCGUCCGCGAUGGCGAGCUCGUCUUCGGCGUUGCCCGUAUCUUCGCCUCCUUCAACGACACCUUCGUCCACGUCACCGAUCUCAGUGGCCGUGAGACCAUCUGCCGUGUUACCGGUGGAAUGAAGGUCAAGGCCGAUCGCGACGAGUCCUCCCCGUACGCCGCCAUGUUGGCUGCCCAGGACGUCGCUGCCCGCUGCAAGGAGCUUGGCAUCAACGCCCUCCACAUCAAGAUCCGUGCCACUGGUGGUAACGGUACCAAGACCCCCGGCCCUGGUGCCCAGUCUGCUCUCCGUGCUCUUGCCCGUGCUGGCAUGAAGAUCGGCCGCAUUGAGGACGUUACCCCUACCCCCUCCGACUCUACCCGCAGAAAGGGUGGUCGCCGUGGUCGUCGUCUCUAAGCUACUCGCUUAUUGGGUGGCCUGGCAUGGACAGGAGUUUCGCUAUCUGGUUUCUAUGUGGCGUUGAGAAUCACGAGGAGAACGGCCAUUGCGCCUGGUCUCCAGUCUCCCUGUUUUACCUGGUCUUAUAAUGACUUAGGAAGCAGUGGACAGUCAUGAAUUCGCCCGAAGAAGGCCCAUGAAUCAUCCUCCUUGUCAAAUCAUUUCUCCUCUGUGAGAGCCUACUCGUGAUACCGCUUAGAUGUAGAUCGCGAAAAAAUGAGUAUAUGAUGACCAAUAC